CCUCACCUGGGCGUUAGGAGGCUCGGGCGAGAGCCCUGUGAUGUUACAGCCUUUCGAUUAUGAUCCCAAUGAGAAAAGUAAACACAAGUUUAUGGUUCAGUCUAUGUUUGCUCCAACUGACACUUCUGAUAUGGAAGCAGUAUGGAAGGAGGCAAAACCGGAAGACCUUAUGGAUUCAAAACUUAGAUGUGUGUUUGAAUUGCCAGCAGAAAAUGAUAAACCACAUGAUGUAGAAAUAAAUAAAAUCAUACCCACAACCGCAUCAAAGACAGAAACACCAACGGUGUCUAAAGCUCUGAGCUCCUCUUUGGAUGACACUGAGGUUAAGAAGGUCAUGGAGGAGUGUAAGAGGCUGCAAGGUGAAGUUCAGAGGCUGCGGGAGGAGAACAAGCAAUUCAAGGAAGAAGACGGACUUCGCAUGAGGAAGACGGUGCAGAGCCACAGCCCCGUCCCCGUGUCAGCCACAGCUGGGAAGGAGGAGGGCCUCAGCGCCCGGCUCCUUGCUCUCGUGGUUUUGUUCUUCAUUGUCGGUGUGAUCAUAGGGAAGAUCGCCUUGUAGACGCGGCAGGCGGAGGGUGGCACACUGCGUUGACGGGCCCGCCAUUCUGUGGGGUUUGAAUUUAUCAUAACCAUGUGUCAAAAGAAGUUAAUGUAUGAUGACAUCUCACAGGUCUUGCCUUUAAAUUACCCCCUCCCCACGCGUGCGCACGCGUGCACAUACACACACACAUACACACACACACACACACACACACACACACACACACACACAAAUUAUAACGUAACAAUCUUUUAGAAAGUUAAAAAUGUAUAGUAAGUGAUCGGGGGAACAUAAUGAUCUUUGUGAAUGACAAGGGAAACCGUGAUUAAACCAUAAUGGCAUGUUGGAAGUGUCAUUUUAAACAUUGUAGCCUUGGUACGUGUGGCUGGACUGAUUACCUCUCUUAGAACGAGACAGUCUUCCUGCCGGUUGGUGCUGGCCCUCAGGGGAGCCGGAGCCCGGUGCGGUGGGGGUGGGGAGGGCCGUCCCCUCCCCAGAGCAACCCCCCACCCGCCCCCUCACUCCCCGGGCUGCUUCUCCACGUUCUGCCCUGGCCGUCGGUUCCCUGGGACUGACGAACAGGGUCAGAAGCCAGAAGAAUUGUGCUGUGGCAGCGUCAGAUCUGCCCGUCGGGAGCGGGAGGCGGACGGUGACCCACUGACCCACCACUUUGGAAAUUAAAGUCAAUGCUUUGUUCUCUUAAAGGGACCAAGCUGAAUUACUGUUGGUUCAUGUAGUGAGAUGGAAUUGUUCUUCAGAGAUGUGUAACGCAUAUUUAACUUAUUUAAUGUAUUUCCUCUCAUGUUUCCUUAUUGCCACGAGAUCAUGAUUAAUGCUGUGGCCUCCAAAUCACACCUGUGCUGCCGGAGGGCUGCGGGCUCCUCCCCCACCCCGAGGCUCUGGGCUCUGCGCGUCGAUGCAGGUGGGGGUGCUGUGAACGUUGGGAACAGCUGCCACGAAGUGUUUCUCUGUGUAGACGAACGACAGUCGUCAUCGAGAGGGAAUUUUUCUUAGUAUCAGCGGUCAACUCUGUCACCCUUUCUGAUGGAGAAGAGUAGCUGACGUUCUUUCUUGUUCCUUCGUUGUCCCUCAGCCACCACUUACACUUCCAGCACGUGCGCCCCGAGUCUG